GUGUUCUGAACUGUCCCCGCUGUGUGCACCGACCACCCGUGUUCUGAACUGUCCAUGCUGUGUGCACCGACCACCCAUGUUCUGAACUGCACCGCCGUGUGCACUGACCACCCAUGUUCUGAACUGUCCCCGUUGUGUGCACCGACCACCCAUGUCCUGAGCUGGCGCUGUUGUGCGCACAGACUACCCGUGUCCUGAACUGUCCCAGUGACACUGAUGUCCCUGGGAAGCUGGUCCCGUUGAGUCCCGUGAGCCCACUUACUGUGGGUGUCCCUACGAGCCGCAUGUCGCGGGAGUGCCAUGAACUGUUCUGAUUGAGUG